GUGGAUCCAGCAAAGAUUGCUGCAAUUCAGAAUUGGUCAGUACCGAAGAAUCCAUCAGAAGUUCGAAGUUUUCUCGGAUUAGCAGGUUAUUAUCGUAGAUUUAUCGAAGGGUUUUCAAAGAUUGCUCUCCCUUUGACAAAUUUAACGAGAAAAUCUGUGAAGUUAGAGUGGUCCGAUCGUUGUGAGAAGAGUUUUCAAGAGCUUAAGAAGAAGCUUACAUCAACUCCAGUGCUGAUUAUCCCUGAUCCUACUAGAAGUUUCACUAUUUAUAGUGAUGCUUCGAAAAGGGGUCUUGGAUGUGUACUCAUGCAAGAUGGUCAAGUUGUUGCAUAUGCGUCGCGACAAUUAAAACCGCAUGAGCAGAAUUAUCCAACUCAUGAUUUAGAGUUGGCAGCAGUAGUGCACGCACUUAAGAUUUGGAGGCAUUAUCUCUAUGGUGGCCAGUGUGAAAUAUUCACUGAUCACAAGAGUUUGCAGGAUAUAUUCACUCAGAAGGAGCUCAAUAUGCGCCAAAGGAGAUGGUUGGAGCUUGUGAAGGAUUAUGAUUGCACUAUCCAAUAUCAUCCGGGAAAGGCGAAUGUGGUAGCAGAUGCUUUAAGUCGUAAAGUGAAGGGUGGAUUGGCAUGUUGUAUCACUCAGCAGAAUCAACUUAUUAAAGAGUUUGCUCGGAUGCAGAUUGAAGUUGUCAGGACACUUCCUAAAGAGGUUACUGGAAGGGUUAACUCAAUGAGAGUUCAGCCCAUGCUAAGAGAAAGAAUUCGGAAGGAGCAAUCUUUCGAUCAAUUUAUUCGGGAAAUGGAAGAAAAAGUUCAAGAUGGAGGAGUAGAAGGUUUUUAUCAAGGUUCAGAUGGAGCAUUGGAGUUCAGAGGAAGGAUU